AUGAAUUCGUGCUCGCGCGCCACCGCCGCUGUCUCGCAAUGGGUCGAGCAGCAGACGCACGACAUCUUCUAUUGGCUCGGCCUCAAAAUCGCCGAUUGGCCCAGGAUAACCCUUCUUGUGACAACAAUAUGGGCUCUUUUGAUGUGCGCUGGAGCCGUUCGAUUCAAGGAAGUCAACAAUGUUCGUGAUCAUUUCAGCGCCGAGAAUUCGCCGUCGCGUUAUGAGUAUCGUGUCGCUCGCGAGUUCUUCCAGGAGCUCGGCAGCCCGUUUCACGUCGUCGUCGCCAUGCAGGCCACCGAUGGCGGCAGUCUGUUGCGACCCAAGUGA